UCAGAACAGAUAAAAGCAACGACUAAAGAGAUCCAUGUCAGGGCAGAAAACACCCAACUGAUGCUGAGCUAUCAGAAGGGACAGAUAACUCUUCCGCAGUACAAGCUUCUUCUGUGUUCCCUCUAUGAGAUCUACAAAGCACUGGAAGAGGAGAUGGACAGAAAUGCUUCCCACCCAGGUGUCGCACCAAUAUACUUCCCCCAGGAACUGGCCCGACUGGAGACACUAGAGAGAGAUCUGGAACACUUCUUUGGACAGGGGUGGCAAAAGAGAGUCAUCAUUCCUGCUGCAACACACAGAUAUACACAGAGACUUCGCAAGAUUGGUGAAGGCAAUCCUAAAUUGCUGGUGGCCCACGCCUAUACCCGUUACCUAGGUGACCUGUCAGCAGGACAAGUUUUGGGGAAGAUUACCCAGAAGUCAAUUGGGUUAAGCAGCGGAGAGGGACUGUCGUUUUUCUCCUUCCCCGGAGUGUCAAGCCCUAACCGCUUCAAGCAGCUGUACAGGAGCAGAAUGAACAGCAUCGAGCUGACCAAGGAGGAGAGGGAGGGGGUGCUGGAGGAGGCUAUAAUGGCCUUCGACCUCAACAUCCAGGUGAGUGAAAGAGAAGAGGGUGGAAGCAAACUGGGUAAGAAUAUAGGUUAUGGGAACUAA